ACUCUUCAGUCAAGUACAACCAACCAACCAAACCAAACCAAGCCAAGCAACAUGUUCAAGCUGAUCGCUGUACUCUCUGCCCUGUGCGCCGUUGCCAACGCUGGCGUCAUCUCCCCCUAUAGCCAUGGCUAUGGUCUCGGCUAUGGCUCAGCUCUGGCGCCCGCCUAUGCUCCGGCUGUCAUCUCGCAUGCUCCGAUUAUCAAGAGCUAUGCCGCGCCCAUUGUCCACGCUCCAAUUGUGAAGACCAUCCCAUUGGCCACAUCCUAUGCCAACACCUACAAGGUGGCCACCAAGGCAUACCCCGUGGUGCAUGCCGCACCCAUAUACCAUGCAGCGCCCGCCGUUGUGGCUGCACCUGCUCUGCACACCACCUCCACCUACCACGGACAUGGCGGCUACGGCAGCCUUGGCGGCUAUGGCAGCUACGGUCUGGGCUAUGCUGGCUAUGGACAUGGUUAUCUGCACUAAGACUCGACUCCAGCCACAUCACUCAAUGACAACGCACAGGACCACAACAUCCGCAACAUCCAAAACAUCCGCAACAUCUACACAACUAAUCGGGUAACACCGAGAGAUUCUGUGAGAGUUUACUCAGUACAAUAUUCGAGGCUUUGCCGCUGAUAAAGCUAAGAACCAACAUCAUUUUCUACAUUUAUGUGAGAGACAGAGACAGAGACAGAGAGAGAGACACAGAGAGAGCGAGAUGAAAGAUCAAGUUAUUAUGCUGUAUAUAAG